AUGACUGCCAAGGAUGCCCUGAACAAGAAAGACAAACUGGAUGCAGAGAGACAAUCAAAUAAGCAGAGCACAGGCAACAACUGGAAAAAAGAGACAAGAGGGGUCCCAGGGCCAGUCACAGCUGCCGAGCUCGCCCUGCCUGUCCCACUCCCCGGCAUAUUUGGAGCUCCCUACUUGCCCUGCAGCAGAGUGCCAAGGGCAGUGCCCGGCCUUGGCCCCCAGCGUGGAGGCGAGGAGCAGCAACGUGCAGCCCAGCAGCGACUGCAGGGGGCAGGGUGGCCCGGCUCCCAGGUACACCUACACAGGACCCGGGAAGCGCUUCCCCUCCAGCCGCCCCGCCGCUUCGUACUCUUGUCCCUCUUCAGCACCUUCUUCUGCAACGUCUGCUGCCUCGGCUUCGUGGCUCUGGUCUUCUCCUUCAAGGCCAGAGAUCGUAAUGUUCUGGGUGACACUGAUGGAGCAGGAAGCAACGUCAAGACUGUCAAGUGCCUGAACAUCGCAGUCCUGGUAUUGGGCUGCUCGGUAGUGCUUGUGUUCAUCAUCCUGUUAUCAGUAAAACUUCACAGAAGCAGUGUCUGUGGGGACGAUCAGGGUCUACGGUAUCUAAACCACUCCUCAGGAUUCUCCCCAGCUGGAUGACUUCUCCCCAAGCUUCCCUUACUCAGCUCUGCUUGCCUUUGUUCUGCUGUUUAAAUUGUCAAUGGCUGGAGUGCUCAGCUGUUGAGU